ACCGCGCAGCUGGAGCUGCAUCCUGAGGUUUCUACCCGCCCAGCGAGCUGCUCGAAUGCUGAGGUCAAAGGGCAGCCGCAAGUGAACGCUGUCACUUCCAGGCCCCAGCACGGGCCAAGACCCAGCUGUGAGCUCGACCGGCAGGGCUCACACCUGUGGAAUUGACCUUCCAGGAGGGGGCCGACAGGUGAGGAAGAAAUGAAAACAGAGGCGAUGGACAGUAACUGGUACGGUAGUGGCUACUGUGGCUUGAGUGACCCGGAAGGGACAUUCGAGCGAAGAUCUGCAAGACAAGAAGCAUCCAGCUGUGCCAAGAGAAGUCCAGUGGCUUCAGGCCAGGGAGAGCUGAAGUGGCCAGGAGCCCCUGGCGUGCCCACCCCUGCUAGGGGUCCACUCCCAUACCUGCUCACCCACCCUCACGGGCGUCACUGCCGCCUUCACCCGCGCCGCAUCUUGAUCAGCCCUUCCUGGGAGAGUUGUCCCGGCGUCAGUCAGGAUCUUUCUGCGUCUCAGAAGUCGCCUGCCCAGCGUCCUGGCCCACUGGCAGAUCCUCCAGUGGAUACCAGCAUGCCCUCCAGGAAGGAGAGGAGCAGCCCGGAUGGCGGGAGUUGGCCUAACUCACUGCAAGGCCCUGUGGUUGUCCUCCUGGACAUGGACACCUGGCGGAGGAGCUGCACUGUGAUAAAGGCCAUGUCACAAUCGUGUCCAGGCACAGGCCAAGACCAGGUCCCUGUGCCACCAGCAUGCCCUCUCCCGCCCCACAGCAGUGAGCCCCGCUCCUCUGUCAGCACAACUGAGCUUCCCUCUGCCCUGCCACUCACCGGUAUCACUGGUUUAGAUGCCCCUGCUUCCUGAUGGCAUCCAGCCCAUGCAGUUUCCCCAUCUAUAAAAGAAAUGUCAGUGCCCUGCCAAGGCUACCAGACACAUCAGUAGUUGGGUAAGCUGGGAUUAUUCUUGGUCCCAGGGGUUGGGGUGCACACCAUAGGGAGUGACCCCGUGAAAUCCCAGACACUCCACUCUCAGACCCUAGUAAAACAGAGCCCCAGGCUCUCCCUCUCCCACUCUGACCUUGCUGUGUGACCCUGAGGUUUGUUAUGUACCCUCCAGGACCUGUGAGUGAUAAAUCUUGUUCCUCAGAAUUUCCUCAUGGUUUUUGCUGAAGUGCAUCCAGUGAUCAUAUACGAACCACAACGGGCAGUCCAGCCACAAUUGCCCCAGCAGCAGGAGUAGAGGGGAUGUCUCUGGGGCUCACUACAAGUAAUACACACCCAGAAAGUUCUAAGGCAUUCCUAGCUGAGAUCAUUACCAUCAAUAGGCUGGGGAUGACACGUCAGAGUGAAUUAAAUCCAAAGUGAGCAGAAGAAAAGAAACAAUACAAAUCAGAACA